GUUGAGGAUGAGAUCCAGACUCUGUCUCAGGUGCUCGCAGCCAAGGAGAAGCAGUUGGCAGACAUUAAGAGAAAGCUGGGCAUCACGCCUCUCAACGAGUUGAAACAGAACAUCACCAAAACCUGGCAGGAGGUCACCACCUCCACCGCCUAUAGGAGGACUUCUGAAACACUGUCUCAGGCGGGUCUGAAGGCUACAGCAGCAUUCUCCAACGUGGGCUCAGCCAUCAGCAAGAAGCUGGAGGACGUCAGGUGAAUCAGACAGGAGAUACCAGCAUGAGAGUAAUAACU